GCACAAUAACAACUUGAAACGAUUGCCACACCUAUAGCUGUCUAAUAUUUGACUACUAUAUUUUUUUAUUUUCUCCCAGUCUAUUUAUUCCUUUUUCUUUUUUCUUGUAAGUAUCAUUCAAGGAAAUUGCUCGUGCAGAGAAGAACUAGAUAACAGGGAAAACCGAAAAAGGAUCGUCUUCGACAAAAAGUGAAUUACAGCUGAAGUCUGUCUUAUAGCUGAAUUGGCAGGGUUAUGAUUGCUAAUGAUGAUGAUUUUACCUUUUGUCAAGUUGGUGUUAAUGAGGAUAAAGAUGCAAUUGAUGCACAAAAUGUAGUUGAAAAUAUUAGUGGCCUCAGAAUACAAGAUGAGUCGGUGAAUGACCAUGAUUCUGGUCAGGCCAGUGGCAUACUAUGGAAUGAUAAGUUGCCUCGUACCACUGCUUCAUCAAAGGAAGAAAGAAAAGGAUCGCUGUCUUUCAGUGUAAUUGAUACAUCUUCCAGCGAUAAAGUGAACCAACAUGUUAGCCAAAGUGAAGUUGAAAAUGCAGGAAGUUCAGCUAAGGCUUCACAGGGACAGAAGACUGCUACAAGGAAGCCUGCACAGCGGAAUAAGGUUCCAUUUGAGAAGGGUUAUAGCCAGAUGGAUUGGAUGAGACUCACUAGAAUGCAUCCUGAUCUGGCAGGGUUAAAUGGACAAUCCAACGGGAGACUUGUUUCGUUGAAUGAAGUCAAACAACACCAAAAUGAGGACUCCAUGUGGACAGUUCUUAAAGGUCAUGUCUACAACAUAGCUCCAUACAUGAAAUUUCACCCAGGAGGUGUUGAUAUGCUGAUGAAAGCGGUUGGCAAGGAUUGCACAUCUUUGUUCAAUAAAUACCAUCCUUGGGUUAAUGCUGAAUUUUUACUGGAAAAGUGUCUUGUGGGCACUUUACAGGAUGGCCAUUGAACAACCAUUUAUUUGCAAGAUUCAAGAAAUUGUUCUCAGGAAAAGUGCUUUAUGACAAGCAUAUUUGCCUUAGAGAAUAAGACACAUUACAUCUUCCUACGUGAAUGUACAAUUUGAAGACUGACGUUGAUAAUGUCAAAUGGGUAAGGAAAUAAUUUACGAGUGGAUGCUAGAAUACUUGUGUGCAGGAUAACACAUUCCUGACAGCAAGGGGUUAUGUAUUUGAUUUUUUACUGCCAAUUGCUAUGAAUUAUUCUUGGCCUUUUAGCUUUUCUCAGCCCUUUACUGCUGUAACUGUAAUUGCUCACUGAUCUGUCUCACAUUGUUUUGUCAAUCUUUGGACAACUGCAUUAAUAUUUCUGCACCA